CCAAAGACAGCCGCUUCAUGACCUAAACUUGUUUCUUCCGCAAACCUCAACGAGAGGAGAGAGAAAGAGAGAGGUUUAUCCACCAAUCUCCUCAUUCUCAGCCUCUUCAAAAAUUAGGGUUUAAUUUUUAUCAGAGCUUGAAGAUCAACAUCAAUGGCGAAGAAGAAAGAGAGCAAGCCUAAACAUUCUCUCGACGUCAACAGAAGCAAUGCGAGCAGUAGCACGAGUCGUAGCGCCGCCACUGUGCGGCGGCUCAAAAUGUACAAAACUCGCCCUAAGAGGAAUAGCGGGGGAAAGAUUUUGAGCCAGCAGUUUCAGUCUUCUGAAUUGCCUUCCACUCGUAUUCAACCUGAUCGUCGCUGGUUUGGGAAUACAAAAGCUGUCGAUCCAAAGGAACUUGAAUUUUUCCGUGAGGAGCUUCAGAGUCGCAUGUCAAACAACUACAAUAUGAUACUGAAAGCAAAGAAUCUUCCAAUGUCCCUUUUGAAUGAUCUUCCAAAGCAACGGAGAGUUCAUCUUCUUGAGACGGAACCAUUUGAGAAUGCUUUCGGACCAAAAGGGAAACGAAAACGCCCAAAGCUUCAGGCAACAGAUUAUCAGUCCCUGGUGCAGAAAGCUGAUAGUUUGCAAGAUGAAUAUGAACAAAAAAAAGCAGCUAAAUUUUCUACUGAAGGAGAUGAAGAGGAUGGAUUCAGAGAUUUGGUCCGCCAUACAAUGUUUGAGAAAGGUCAAAGCAAACGUAUAUGGGGUGAACUAUACAAAGUUGUUGAUUCAUCAGAUGUUGUUGUUCAAGUUUUGGAUGCUAGGGACCCACAAGGAACGAGAUGCUAUCACCUAGAGAAGCACUUGAAAGAGAAUUGCAAGCAUAAGAAUAUGGUUUUUCUGUUAAAUAAGUGUGAUCUGAUUCCAGCUUGGGCGACAAAAGGAUGGCUAAGAGUAUUGUCGAAGGAAUUCCCCACGCUAGCUUUCCAUGCUAGCGUCACUAAGCCUUUUGGAAAGGGUUCUCUCCUUUCAGUUCUAAGGCAAUUUGCACGGCUAAAGAGUGACAAACAAGCAAUAUCCGUGGGUUUUGUUGGCUAUCCCAAUGUUGGGAAAUCGUCUGUUAUCAAUACCUUGCGUACAAAAAAUGUUUGCAAGGUUGCUCCUAUACCUGGGGAGACUAAAGUCUGGCAAUAUAUUACGCUGACUAAGAAGAUCUAUCUGAUAGAUUGCCCUGGUGUUGUCUAUCAGAAUAGUGACACAGAGACAGAUAUUGUUCUGAAGGGUGUGGUGCGAGUUGCAAAUUUACAUGAUGCUACUGAACACAUUGGAGAAGUGCUGAAACGAGUUAAAAAGGAGCACCUGGAAAGAGCAUACAAGAUUAAGGACUGGGAGGAUGAGAAUGAUUUUCUCUCGAAGCUUUGCAAGUUAUCGGGCAAGCUUUUGAAGGGUGGAGAACCGGACUUGAUGACAGCGGCAAAGAUGGUCCUUUUCGAUUGGCAGCGAGGCAAAAUACCUUUCUUUGUUCCCCCACCACAACAGGAAGAUGAUACAUUGGAGGAGCCAAAUGUUACUGGUGAUGCCAGAGAUGGAGAAGCAAAGGUAGAGACAGAAGAAGAAAAAGCAAGAGCCUUGAAAGCAAUUGCAGAUGUUAUUUCAUCUCAGCAGCUGGAAGAUGUUCCAGUUCAGAGUGAUCUAUAUAGCGAAAAUGAGCUCAAUGGGCAGAUGUCUGAACAAAUUGUAAAUCCUGAGUAAAAGUUUUUUUUUGGCCUUGUGCUUGUUUAUCUUAAUGGAAUAAUGAGGAGGUUAAAUUAGUCGAAUGAAUAUUGAGAAUGAAAAAUGACAGCAAUAGGAGAAAGAGAUUUAGUUAUGUUUUAGCUGCGGGCUUGUUUAAUUUUGAUAGAUGUUACUCAGCGUUGCUCAAUUUUUUGUUAAGAAGUCUUGCAAUUUAUUUCGAUUUAGUUGUCAA